UGGCAACUUAAAUGGAAGCACGUGCUCCAUUGGAAGCCGUUUCACUUUCACGUGUCUGCAAAGAACUUCUGAAGUGAAGUGGAAUUUGACAGCCUAGCUUCAUUGGAGGAUGAUGUCACAUCCACCUCCUUUUCCUCUGAACGAACAAGUUUUUAGACACUCCAUCAAAGAAGUUCCGGAGGAUCUCCUCAGACCUGAUCCAAUACCCACUCAGCCGCCCGAGUUCACGCUUGCGGAAGACCAAGAUGCGAGACAGCCGGCUUAUCAAGUGUUUCCCUCCUGUGCUAUGGAUACCUUGGUGCUUGAUACCAUCAAGCAGCAGCAGUUCAUCAAUGAAAUGGAAAGGCGGUUGAGUAUGAAGGCAUCAGCACAGGCUGGAACAAAAUACACCCAGGAAUCACCUAUUGGAGGCCCACCAUCUCCUGUGAACAACCCAUUCCUUAGAGUCUUACCAUCAGAUAAUAUUUUGCCCUCGAGUUUCCAAGGCAUGAUGGAAGCAGAAGAAAAGGGAAAGUGUUGGAAACCUCCUCCGGAACUUACUCCAGCAGUUGCUAGACAGAUUCUUCGCAAGUCUGUUGCAACCAUCAUGGCCCAUUUGGGAUAUGAAGAGUCUCCUGAGUCUAUAUUGGAUUUGAUGACAGAUGUGGCUCAUGAUUAUCUCUCAAAGUUCACCAGGCUUCUGCGUCUUUCAACCGAUCGAGAAUUGAUGAGUCUCUCAGCUGGGUUCCCUGAACCCUUGGAGAGAGUCAUGUAUGAAAUGGGAAUGGGGAGCAUGAAAAAUCUCCAGAUGUUCUAUAUAGAUAGAGUUGUGAAAUAUCACAGGAACUGCAUCAACAAGGCCAAAGACUUGUGGAAUCAGUACAUGGAUCUCACUGGUGCCCCACCACCAAAGACAUCCCUGACGAUAGACACUAACACUUCUAUUGCUGGUACAGAGGAGGAGUUCCCAGAGAUACAGUUUCCAGAAGUUCCUUCAGGACUACUUAGUGAUGUUCCUUUUGGAGAAGGGAGUCUCCAAAUGGAAACUGGACUUCAAGUGCUACAGAAUUUGGAACAAGGAAAUAUAUCUUUGCAUGAAAACCCAAAGAAUGAGGACAGAUUUGAAUGUGCUGCAACAUCCAUUCUGACUCAAGAAGAGCCUGGAAUCUUGGAGCAUUCUAUUCCUGAAGGGAACAUGGGUGAACCUGGAAUUCCAACAUAAGCCAGUAGUCAUGUCACAAUUGCUUUUAUUUGCACCUCUUAUUGAUAUGAUAAUGGAUACAAAAUUGAUGCAACAAAAAAGAAAGAACAUCAAUAUAAAAAUACUCUCAAAUUGUACAUAGUGAUUCAUUUUACAGUGGCUUUGACCAUCUUUAAUUUUGGCAGGCUAAUGUGCCCCCAAGAUUCAUGUUGAGGAAUGAAUACCUUUGGUAACUGGACUCUCUU